AUGUCACAUCCACACCACUUCCACUCCAACCCCAGCCCCCCCAAGGCACCAUCGCAAGCACAGCAGCCGACUCCAUCACAAGUCCCGCAGUCCCGCCUCGUUCUCGCCCAGCCUUGCUUCCUGUUCUCCAACUCGACAAUAGCACAGCAUGGACAGGGCGAGCAGCAUAUCAAGGAUCAGGGAUCAAGGACUAGCACCCAAACAACGCAGCGUAUUGCCGGAAACCAUCUGGCGCAUCGAUACGAUGAUAGGGCGAAAAUGCCGGACAGAGAGCAUGCCACCCGCUCGCUGCAGCUGCAGGAUGACGGGGCGUUGCAUGAGCCGGGAGUGCGGGAAUUGCCGGCGAACAACACCGGCGCAAGUAGGUAG